UGCGCUGUGCGGCGGUGCGAGAAAAUGGCAGACGUCUCUUUGGAUGAAGUGAUACGACAGCGCGGUAUUAACGUCAAGGCUCAAGCUAAAAGACCAAUGUUUGGACGAGGAGCAGGAGGAGCAGGAGGAGCUAGCAGAGGCUUUGACGCCCGGCAGAGAAUAGGGGUCAAUGAUGUUAGACAGCGGCUCGGAGGAGGACCAGGUUUUCAAGUAAAAGAUGCUCGAGACAUGCUGGGUCAGAAAGACGCCCGCUUCAAAAUCCGAGGCAAAGGAGGAGCGGGAGGAGUGAAAGAUGCUCGUCAGAUGAUUAACUCACGCAAAGAGGGGCAGAUUCAGAUCAACGUCCCAGUACAGACAACGCAAAAGCCAGCAAUAACGCACACACUACAGGGCCAGACACACAUGCCACAAAUACAGAUCCACACCAACAACAACCUCGCAGGGGGGAAUCUGAGGCAACUCACUCGUAAUGUACAAGGACUGAAUGUGAGAGGCAGCGUUACUCCACAGCUGGGUAGUAACAAGAGAGUGAUGGACGCUCGAGAUAGGCUAAGCCUGAAGAGGAGCAUUGGAGGGACGCCGACACAAACAGCUGCUGCACCACCACUAAAAAUAACGAAGACCAUCCAGCAACGACCAAUAGGGAUGUCAGGAGGAAUACGUGCAGCCACACAGCCUGACUCAAAUGAUCAUGACGGCAUCGCCAACAAACAAAUGAAGAUCACAACAGCUAGCAGUAUGCUCCAAUCACGGCCUGGCACGCUGGGCUCCACGUUCUCCAUGUCGGCACCGAUCACCAAGGUGGUUAAAAACGAUGCUUACACAGCUCCACGCCCUCCUGUCCCCGUGGCUCCUACCCGGCCCAACACGAGUGCCGCUGCAGCCCGGUCCUCAGCUGCAGCCUUACAGCCCGUCUCCAGAACUCUGCAGCAAAACACAGCAGAGUCUAGCACAGCAGCUCCCACUCCUCCACAGCCUGCUUUCAGUCCAUUGGAGGGGACAAAAAUAACAGUGAACAACCUGCAUCCACGGGUCACAGAGGAGGACAUAGUGGAGUUGUUCUGUGUUUGCGGUGCCUUGAAGCGAGCCCGGCUGGUGAAAGUGGGUGUCGCUGAAGUGGUGUUUGUACGUAAAGAGGACGCAGUGAGCGCAUACAGGAAGUACAACAACCGGUGCCUCGACGGGCAACCGAUGAAGUGUAACCUUCAUAUUCAGGGAAACGUCAUCACUUCUGAUCAGCCUAUUCUAUUGAGGCUGAGCGACACUCCCGGCACAGGCAGCGGCACAAAGAAAGACGGUCUGCCCCCGUCCUUGUCUCGCCCCGCGGGUCAGCGAGCUUCCUCUCAGCCCACUCCGGAGGUGGACCCCCAGACCAUCCUCAAAGCUCUGUUCAAAUCCACGACACAGUCCACCUCCACCACCGAGCCGCCAAGCUCACAGGCCACCGCCUUCCGCAUCAAGAUAUAACUUGUGUCGUGUGAAUAAUUCUGUUCAUAAACAUGUUUCUGCAUUUAGUGUUCACAUACAAACCUUCAUUUUCACUGUGACAGCAGGCAGCCGUUCAUCCUCUCAUUAGAAACUGAUUUUGUACACAUUUGAUAAAUGCGACCACCUUAAUGGAGACAGAACAUCCUGAUUUUUGGUUUUUAGGUACUGAAAUGUCAAGCGUUUGUUCUUAAGAUGCACCACUGAAGGACGCAUAAUUAUAUUUGUUAUUUUAAUGCAACAUGGUGGGGGAUGCCGGAUUAAAUCAGGUGUUUGGGAAUUUUCUUAAAGUUUUUUGUCACAUUAACAAUAGCUCCUAUGAGUUUUUAAUACUUGGGUUUAACGAAAAUAUUGACAUAUCCCUAAAGAGGUGGAAAAAGAGCUAAAAAGAUAACUUUCUGACACUAAGUAAUGCCAUAAUUGAGGGGUUUUGUUAUUCUUAAGGCCUUGAAUGUCCACACAGGCAUGUUCAAUCAUAAGGUUCAUCUCUUUUUAGAAUUCCUGAAUGCAUAAAAUGAUCUAAAGACUAAGAGGUAAAGAGAAUAAUCCAGCUGUUUUUAGUAUGUAUCUGAUGGAAAAGGACAUUGGAAACGGCGGCACACCUUUAAGACAUUAACUGAAUCAGGGAUGUGCAGAAACUAUAACACAGUGUUUUCAUGAAACCAGCUAACAAACUGUCAUAUUAUGUUUAUUUUCUCCAUUAUUGCUGCACCAGUUGUUGUUGUGCGACUGGUUUUUGCUUUGUUGUACACAUUUCAAGCAGGACAUGUUAAAAUUCUUCCCGGUGUAUGUUGGAUACGUUUAUGUUCCAGGACUGUAAAUGGCUUUUUUGUUGCUUUCUCGGUUUGUAAGUGAAGAAGAGAGUAGAGAUCAGAUCUGUCUGUGAAAUGUUGUCAUUAAACAUUUAGCUUUGUA